UGGUCCUCGUUAUGUUUUUCAGUAUCGGGUGGAGUCUACAUCCCGUCGCAUUUCUGCGGGCUAGGAGGAGGAUUACUUUUUUAUUUUUUUUAUUAGUUUGACUGUUUCUUACCGCCCGAACAUUGAAAUACUCCCAAACGAUGACGACCACAACCACCUAUCAAGGAAUGGACCCUGGUGCUAAAAGCAGUUCCAGGGUACUCCGACCGCCAGGUGGGGACUCCAGCUUCUCCCUGGGUACAGAUGAUGAAUCAACCCCCCAGCGGAAGAACAAGAUGGCUUCUAGCAUCUUUGCAGAACCCGACGACCCUCAUGCUCAUCGGAGGAACAACCCACCCAGCGGGGCACCGACAGGAACCCUGUGCGGGGAGCCAUCAGCCCCACUCAGGCGGUGCCAGCAGCCCCUCCUCUUUCCCAAGAACCCUCAGCCGGAACUGACCACCAUCCACAACUCCGGAGCCGCCAUGGUCUGGAACCAGAGACGAGAGGUUGAUAAUGGGCAGGAACAAGCAAACGAUGAGUCUCCUGACAACGAGGAGGAGCAGGAGGAGAAGGAUCCCUCACAGCCCUCUGCCCCGUCGGGAGCCGCCAACGCCAACGCCGCCGCCAACGCCGGCCGGAGAAACCCCCCCGGUGGCAAGUCCAGCCUCAUCCUGGGUUGAGACCACUUGUUUGUUUUGUUUUUUCUUCUUUUGUUUUUCAUUCAAACGCUUUUUUAUUUUAUUUUUUUCAAGAUAAACAGCCCCGCCACUCUCUUCCUCAUCAUCAACAUUUCACCGUCUCGUCCCCCUUCCACCUUCCUCCCAUGCACUCGUGUCCCCGUCCAUGGCCCCCCCUGUCCUCUCCCUCCACCCUUAAACCUUUUGUUUGAUCCUUUUUCUAUUAAAAGAAGAAAACUGUUGACAAAAGCACUUUAUGUAUCUUCCACACCCCCACCCAAUCAUUUCAGCCCAUCCUGUAGUGCAUUGCGCCUGCUGGGAAAGGCAAGACAUCUAGCUUGUCCCUUAUUCUCCCCAGUUGUAAAUGAUAAAAGAAAAAAAUAAUUAAAAAGAUUUGAUGCGUGGAUUUCUAAAUACAAUAAAGAUUCAUAUGAA